AUAUAACUUCACAACAAGAGCUCUAUGAUCAUAGCAGGGGCCGCAGUUCGGCGUGGGAUGUGUCACGAGUGGAUCUCCUUGCGCAGAAUUUUCUGAUCCCCCCCCACGACGGAAAUAAUCGCAACCUUCGGAAUACCAGGCGUGAAAAGAGGGGUCGUGUUACACCACAAGAAUGCGGGGAGGCAUGAUCCUCAGCUGAACCUAGUCGAGGUCUUAACCGAUGUUGUACGAAGGCCCUCGUCGAUGGCACCGCAUCACGCCUGUAGUCCAAAUCAAGACCAGGUCCAAAAUGCCGUAUGACCAUGGCGGCAAGUGUCUCAGGAGAUCGGGUGUUGGAACCGGGACAGAUGGCAGGAUGUGGUCUCAGGACGUUAAAGGGAGUAUCCUCAUCCCAACGUCAUCUGUGGGACGAUCCACUUGCUCGAGUCUCUGCUUUGAAUUCCCUAUUCCCGUCUGCUCCCUAUUCCGACUUGAAGCUCGCCAAAUACCGCCGGCUCUCAAUGACGAGUCUAUCCCCGCCCGAAAGACGAGGUUCGGUCAACCCGUUGAUCGGCCAUCACUUGCUUGAACAUGUCGAGAUCCCUGUGGAACUCGCCAAACGCUCGCCUCAUUGUUCAAAUUCCUCCGCUGACCCAAACCGGUCGAAUCGCGUCGAUCGCGUGGGAUGUGUUCCAAGGUACAUUCGGCAAACUUCUCGGAAGACAUUCCAACGUGGGAUGUGCCAAGACACUGCCACUUCGAUCCUCAACACUUCUCUUACGACGCCGUACUCCGCCCCGAACGGAUAUCGUCGCCAUCAUCCCACGCUUCGGCUCAUCUCUUGCACGACGCCUCUCGACCCUUCCGCUGAGGAAGUACCGGUACUUGAAGAGCGGAUGUUAGGUCCUCGACGAUCGAUUACCCUCAGGAAACUAUCCGAAACCCCCUCAAUGGCAAGUGCAGAAGCAUAGUUGCAUGAGCUUACGAAAGAUGACCAGGAAGUCUGUUCUUGGCUUUGAGGGGAAUGCCUUCCGCCCUCGGAACCUUGACU